AUGAAACAGCAGUUUGAAAAAAUGAUGUUAAUGGUUCAGCAAGCAUUUCCAGGGAGCGAUGUAAACAACAAUGGUGCCGAAGCUAUAGCUCCAGCAGUUCCAGACAACAACCAAGAUAUUAUUGUUCUUGGCGGUUGGUGUGGCCCAGGGAACGACAAAGUGUUAAACACAGCUGAAGAAUUCAAUUUAGUAGAAGGAAAGUCGACUGAGCUACCGCAAUUGAGCAUCCCAAGAGCGGCAUCAGCAUCGUGUGUUUACAACGGUGAUGUGAUCGUCGCCGGAGGUUUUGAUGGUCAAGCUGGUACCGACUUGAUCUAG